CUUCUAAAGUCACUUCGAAAAGCAGUCUCAUAUUCCUUAAUUGUGUCCAAACACCGCUCAACAGUGAUUGUGUGCGUACAAAGUGCCAAAUUUUUGUAAAAAGCAUUUUAUUGUGCAAAUAUUGUGCGAGGGCAGCACCAUCGCGAAGAAGUUCACUAGCAGCUCCAGCAUCCCCUUAAGCGCCUUCAUUUUUUGAUCGCGUCGCGCGGCCCGAGUAUCCGUUUCAAAUCGGGCGCGCACCCGCGGCAGGCGGCGCUGGCCGCGCCGGGCGAAGUGCGUUAGUCAAGUGCAUUGUUCAUUGAACGCGGAUUACGCCGCAUUAUGUCCGUCAGGCCGUCGGUUUUUUCGCGUGGUUAUAUUUGGUGAAGUCGCGCGUGACGAGUUAUGCAACGUGCGCCGCGAAAGGGCGGCCCGCGCCGGGCGACCGGACACCGCGGCAGCUGACCUACUUAGGGCUUGGCUAUCGUACCCGACUACGGCGGCAAAUCGGCUGCCACUGGCAGAGAGAGAGAGAGAGAAAGAGAGAAAGGUUCGUGACGGUCCCAUGACGAGAGAGCCGCGGCCUAAAGUCGCGGCACUGACGACGCGAGAUCGGACCGAACGGUCGAUCGGCACGCGGGUUCGCGGAUCGCAAGCGGCGACGACCGGGACAGCCUUUUGGAAACUGCGUCUUUCCGCCCGCCGACGGCACCCAGUGCCGUACGCGGCUCGCGACGGCACCCGAAGCGCGCGGGCGACCGGCUUCCUCUCGGGAUUCGAGUAGCGCGUUUCCUGCCGUUCCCGUCGUCGUCAUUAAAAGCUCGUCGAAGCUCGAUAAUACUACCUGGUCACUCGCGACGACGGAGAGUGCCGUCGACGCGCGCUAGCGAGCAACCGUGAUUUCCCUUUCGUCGGCCAAUGCCGCAAGCUGCGCGCGCAAAGCGCGCCAAGCGCGAUAACGGCGGAGCGUCAUCGCGGCCACCACGUGACCACUUUAUCAGCCGGUCUUUAUCGCGGUAUUGCGGCCGGAAUCGAUCACGAUCCACGAAACUCGCACCCUGACGCGCGACGGUCUCCGCGAUUUCCGCGUUGGAGGUUCGACCUCGUUAUCGCCGGCCGACGUUCGUCCUCGCGGAAUCACCCGCACGCGUCCACCGCGAACUGCCGCGGCGGGCCGCGAUCGCGACGGUUACGGCCCUGAUCGCUCGCGCUGUCAGCGCGACAGUGCGCCGGACGCUCGCUUGACUAAGGGAGUGCCCGUGCCGAUGCAAAGUGUAAGUGAAGUGGCCUACAGACCUACAUUCGUCUAACGUUCCAUUUUUUACGGGCCGACGGACGGGAGGUUAGCGGAUACGCGCGCGGGCCAUCCGAUUUUCCGCGAGCGAUGCCGUCGGACCGCGCUGCACCGACGUUCGUCUGACGGCGGCUGAGAGGGACGGGGGAAGCGGCGGCGCGAGCGAGCGAGCGAGCCAGGCGUUGCUGCGGUUUCGGUACGCUCGCGGCCACGGCGCUGUGACCGGCGCACGGGGCGCGUGGUAGUAGAGAGAGACAGUGGGAAAGAGAGAGAGCAGCGCGUGCACGCGGACGCGGGAGCGCGACGGAGCGCGCGCUGCCGCGGGACGGAAUCGCGAGGGAAGAGAGUGAGAGUGACGGCGAGAGAGAGAGAGAAGCCAGAAGGAAAGAGACCGAAAGGAAGCACGUAAGAGAGUGUAGGUGUUGCUCUCCGAGAGAAGAGUGCUCGCGUUCACGGGGACGACGUGCAGGAGAGGAGGGACCUCUGUCUAUCCGUCCGUCUGCUCGUUCGCCCGCCUGCCCGCCUGCUGGAGAACACGAGGGCCGAAUGGAGGGUACGCGGCCGGGGGAGAGCGGGGAUGAGCCCGCGACGGCCCUCGACAACGGCACCGGCGGCGUCGCGACGGCCACCGCCGGUGGGCAUCUCACGGAGUCGUCCACGUCGUCGGCGUCUUCUUCCUCCUCUUCCUCCUCCGCUGCUGCUGCUGCCGCCACGGUGUCGACGGUGAUCCUGACGGAGAGUACCGCUGCGAGCGCCGGUAAUCCGCCCUUGACGGCACCUCAACAGGGUCUGCACCAAGUACACCAGCAGCAGCAGGCACAACAACUGCGACAGAGGAUCAGCCUGAUCGCUGACGUAGCUGCCAGUGAUGUCGCAGUUUGGAUGAAAUUUGGAGGCAGGAGAAUGCUCACCAACGGGGAAAUCGUAGAGAAGAACGAGGCGGUCGAGGGUAAACCUAGUUUGAUCAACACGUCGUGCUACGAGGAGGGCUGGCUGUUCAAGGUGAAGCUGAGCGACGUGGACGAGAUCAAAGAGCUAAUGAACGAGGAGUCGUACAACAAGUUUUUAAAAUCGAGCGCGCACUAA